GUCGCACAGCGUUGCAGUUUAGUGUUAUCGGCCGACCACCACAGUCUAUCGGUUUUGGCAGUGUUUUGUUUUUUAAUGUUCAAUGAAAAAUAAAUUCGCCAUCAUCAAAUGCAAAUGGAACGGUGACAUAAAUGAAUUGCACAUAAUAAAACGUGGCUGAAGCAGAAACAAGUAGAAUAGUGCAGAGCGAGAACGAGAGAGCGAGCGAGCGAUAGCGAGAUUGAAGUUUGCAAUAAAUUAAUAACGAAAGGUGCAACAAAGAAGCGAACGAAGCAGUGAAGAAGAAGAGAAGCAUGAGCUGAAAACUGGACAAACAAACAGAGAGACACACACACACACACACAGAGAGACAGAGGGACUCAUGCACACACACACACAUACAAACGCACGCAGCAAAUAGAUUAUUUCAAGGCAACUUCAAAUAAGGUGACAAUUGCGACAGCGGCAGAGCAGCAGCAGCGACGCUGAAGCAGACAACGACAAUAAUAACGAGGUGAUAGAAAGAAUCUAAUUGGUCUCUGCUGUGGCAACAAAACCACGUGUAUAUGUAUAUGUAUAUGUGCAAGUGUGCAAGCAACAACAAUAACAAAGGCAGCAAAGCAAACAGCAGCAGCGCAGCGACAGAGGCAGAGGCAGCAGCACAAGAAGCAGCGACAGAGACGACGCGAAUGUGAAUGUGAAGGCGAAUGCAAUUGUAAUAACAACAACAACAGCAGGAGCAGAAUUGUCAUCUUCAUCCUUAUCUUUAUCUCAGCAAGAACAAGCCAAGCGAGAGAAAGAGCGAGCGAGCGAGCGAAAGAGAGACGCGCACACACACACACACACAUAAAUACAAAUACCAUCAGCAUUACCAAUACCACUACAAAUAUGAGCACAGUGUUUAUUAACUCACGCAAGAGUCCAAAUCCAAAUUCGAACCCGAAUUCGAAUCCGAAUUCAAAUCCAAAUGCAGUGCUCAAAAAACAAGGCACUGACCAGUGGGUCAAAUUAAAUGUGGGUGGCACCUACUUUUUAACAACAAAAACAACGCUCUCCCGUGACCCAAAUUCAUUUCUCUCGCGUCUCAUACAAGAAGACUGUGAUUUAAUAUCAGAUCGGGAUGAAACUGGCGCCUAUUUAAUUGACAGAGAUCCCAAGUAUUUUGCACCAGUUCUCAACUAUUUGCGACAUGGCAAACUUGUCCUGGAUGGCGUAUCCGAAGAGGGUGUCCUGGAGGAGGCGGAAUUUUAUAAUGUUACACAACUAAUUGCCCUGCUCAAGGAGUGCAUCUGUCACAGAGAUCAGAGACCACAUGCGGACAAGAAGCGUGUCUACCGUGUCCUGCAAUGUCGCGAACAGGAGCUCACACAGAUGAUCUCAACGCUGUCGGAUGGUUGGCGAUUCGAGCAAUUGAUUUCCGUUGGCAUGCAAUACUCAAAUUAUGGUCCUUUCGAGAACAACGAGUUCCUUUGUGUCGUCUCCAAGGAAUGCGGAUCGACAGCUGGACGGGAACUGGAACUCAAUGAUCGCGCCAAGGUUCUGCAGCAGAAGGGAUCACGAAUUCUUGGAAUUUAAAAAGCCCCCAAAAAAGUAAAACUAAUUCCCAUCAUAAAACAUCAUGUUGAAAAACGAGUCACACAGCACAACAACAACAACAACAACAACCAAAAGCAAGCACAACAUCAACAUCAACAACAACAACAACAACAAGAAAAACAAAAUCUAAACAAAAUGCAAUAGCAAUAUUUAUAGCUACAAUAACAACAAUAAUUAUUAAUUAAGCCUAACGUGAUCUGAGCCUUAUUUUAUGGCAGUGCUGUUUUCAAUUAAAACAAAAACCAAAAUUAUGGAAAUUAUGAUUAAAAUAAACGUAGUCCGUCAGUUAGAAAGUCGGCCAAACAGUUCGUCAUUAAACAGCAAUUAA